ACAUACAACCCGAAUGCUACCACGGCCAUGCCAUGCUCCUGCACGAGGGCUCGGCGACCAGCCUUGCUUGCACUUGUCGUCCUCGUGGCCACGUCCUGCGUGCCAUCGAGCUCGCCUGAUUAGCACCACCAUGGCUGGGUUCAGCGACCGAACUACGCAAUCGUCCGAGCCGGCGUCCGUAGCGCCUCGCCAAAGCUCCACCCAUCGCGCAUGCUCGUCGUCGCCUACGCGUCGGCCAUGGCUCAUCGCUCGUUCCGCCUGGUCCAGAAUGCAGGGAUCCACGCCGUGUAACUUGGUAUUUGUAUGAGGUGGUCUAAAAAGACGCCACUUUCGCCCGGCCCCAAAGCAAGUAGAAACGCAAUUUCGAGACGAUGGUCGACGUCCUCUCGUGGGUCUUCCUCCCCGGCAUCGGGCUCUUUCUCGGCCUGAGCAUCUGCGCCUUCGUCGCCCUCCGCGGCGAGUCGCGCCAUGCUGCCGGCGCCAUGGAGCUAGAGAUGGGCGAGAUCUCGGCGGGCGCCGAGACGCGCAAGCGCUUCUUCGUGCUGCUCCUCAUCGCAGCCAGCGCCCGCCUUGUGAGCUUGAGCGUCGACCUCGUCGCCCUCUCGCUCUCGCCUGGCGACUCAGAUCUCGCCUUCCUGCCGCGCAAGAACUCGACCAACGCCAGCAUUGCAUGGGUGUCGUCGAUCUUUUCGCUGCUCCCAUGUCUCUUCUUCGUCUCGACGUACUCGCUGCUCAUCUUGUUCUACGCGCAGCUGUGCACCGCCUGCUAUGGCCUGAGCUUCCCGCUCCACAAGGCCGCGUACUUUGCCUGCAACCUCGUCCUCUACGUCGGCUUUGUCGUGCUCAUGUUUGCGACCCACUCGACCGGUAGCUUCUGGAAGUGGACGCAAGGCGGUCUUGGCUGCUUCUACAUUUGCGGGUUCCUCGCGAUCCUCUACUACAGCGGCCGCCUCGUCGUCUUCUUCAAGUCGACGCACGUCGAAGAUGACUUCUUCUUUGACAUGGACGUCUCGACGCAUGCAUCGUUCCGUGGCCUCACGCCGCGCCAGAUCGUCGUCCGCCGGAUCAUGCUUAUCUGUGCCAUGUGCUGCGCGCUCUUCCUCGGCCUGGGCAUCUACCUCCUCUGCAUGGCGACGGCCGCGAUCCCGUCGUGGCACGACCAGUACCGAACGCCAGCGGGCUUAGACCCGUAUAUCUUUGAGCUCGGCGUGUACAUUCUGAGCGAGUUCCUCCCGUGCAGCCUCCUCUUGUACUUUACGCAUCGCACGGCCGCGACCACGUCGACGACGGCGCGCAGCGGGAAGGACGCGAUUCUGGACGAAGCCCACACGCUCCUUCGCGCCGACGACGCGCCGUACCAUUACCAGACGACGCCGAUGAUGGCGACGAAUGCCGCCGCAGCGGGUGUCCCGCCGCGCCCGUACCUCCCGCGCAACAACAGCAGCGGAACGUUCGAGCGGUCGCCCAUGGGCAGUAGCUCGUCCUUUGCCUGA